GGGGCGGCUCGGGUUGCCGCUGGCACAGCUCGUCCUUCCUUCCACCCGCGGGCUCCUGUCGGGAAAGAGGCGGAUUCCCCAUUGCGCCGCUGCCAUGGCCUCGGUACCCUCCGCCGGCUGCCUCCUGGCCAAGAACCAGUACUACAGAACAAGACUGAACUCUGAAUCCAGUGUUUCUUCCAGCUCCUCCUGCUGUUCAGAUGCUGUGAAUGUUACAGACCAGGAAAAAGCAUUUCACGGGUUACCUGACUUAAUUGAUAAAUAUUGGUGGAUAAAAAGCUUCUUCCAUAGUGAGCCAUCUCCACCACCUGUUGGCAGAAAAACACUCUCAGCAAGCAGUACCAACAGUUGAAAAGGACAGCGUGAUGGAUUUACCGACUGAGAUGCUAUGUACAGAUCUGUUUUUCCAAGAGGCUUGGGAUCUUCCUGAUGUCUGGGUUCAGCUACAAGAAGAAAACAAAAGCUUUAGGAAAGUGGAAAAGUGUGUUUUCAAAAUAUUUGUCAGUAGCUUAAAUGAUAUUGCUUAAUGGAUAUGUCCAUGGCCCACUGUGUUCUUUACAGAAUUGCGUAAUUUGAGAUGUCUUUCUAAUGGAAGUAACCAGGAUUAAAUAUUCAGUUGAACUGAAUAAUUAGAGAAAAAAUUACAGCAAAGAUAAGAUAUUGUUUAGGAGAAGAAUCUGUAUUGGAUAACUUCACAAUGGGUUAAGUCACCUUUAAGAUAUCAGCUCUAUAGGCAGUCACACUGAUACAAAGAUUCAGAUCUAUAGUCUGGAUCUAUAGACUGCUAAUAUGGUACAUGUCUUCCAUCAAGUAUUUGUGUACCAGUUACAGGGAGUAAGUUUGCAAGAAUGAUUGUCAGUUGCUUUGCUUUUGGAAAGCCCAUUUACACGAAGAAACAGUAAUAAGUUUGGUCUCUUUGAUCAAGCAGGGUGCAUAGAUCCUAACCUCAAAUACCUAGGUACAACUUUCAUUCCUAUCUAUGCAUGUUGGUUUUGGAGGACAGAAUUUAGGAGAUGGACAAGAAAACAGUAAUCCUAGUGGACACUGACAUUUUCCAAGGAGAAAAGCAACCUUAAUCAGAGUUCAUACUCCCAGAUCUGUUUUAGAUUUCUCUCACCUGCUUUGUUGUGGCUUGAAGAGCUACUUGUUCUUAGAUGACUAAUUCUAUCAAUACUCUGCUGUCUGUCAGCUUAGUUAUGUGCUAGAUCUGGCAAAAUGUUCCACUCAAGGUAAUGACACUGUUAUUAUCCAAGUCUGCCUUUGUUGUGAUUCAUGCUCUUGAAAGACACUGUAAUAUUGCAAUGCUGAAGACCAAAUGAAGCUAAUUAGUACAUCAGAUUAUUUAUUCUGCUGGCUAUGACUGAAAUGCAUUAGAGAAUAUGGCAAAUAACAAAUAUUUGGCUGGAUGAUAAAAUUUGUGUCAAUUAUCUAUGCAACUUUUUGAUGUAUUAUCAGUAAACCUGCCAGAUGUUUUUCCCUCACUUGAUGAACUAACAGUAGAAAAUAUUAAUGUAACCAACAUCAUUUUACUAUGGGUUAAUGGUUGUCAUGGCUAUGCAUAACUCCAAAGUGUAUCAAGUGGCUGCUUCAGGAAGCUUACAGUCUCAGUGAAGACAAAAAAUGCAUGGCAGGUGACAACAGAUAAGAACACAAUUCUGAAAACAUAAUUUCAAGAGUCUUUAAAUUGACUUGUUAUGUAUCUUACUUUACUGCUAUUGUAUAGUUUCAUCUUUGUCCUUUAAGUGUACAGAAUGAGCUUUUUUUAUGCUAAGAUUUUUUAUUAAUAAAUAUUUAAUCAGUA